AUGACUGUUCGUGGACAUUGGUUUUUGAGCCCAAGGACCGAGUACACUGUGGCUGUCCAGACUGCAUCAAAACAGAUGGAUGGAGAUUAUGCUGUGUCAGAGUGGAGUGAAAUUAUUGAAUUCUGCACUGCAGAUUAUUCAAAGGUGCAUCUAACACAGCUUAUGGAGAAAGCUGAAGCAAUUGCAGGACGUAUGCUGAAAUUUUCAGUUUUUUACCGAAACCAACACAAAGAAUACUUCGACUACACCCAGAAGCAUCAUGGGAAUGUCAUGCAGCCCUCACCAAAAGACAACAGUGGCAGUCAUGGUUCCCCAAUCAGUGCCAAACUGGAAGGAGUCUUCUUCAGCUGCAACACUGAGUUCAACACUGGGAAGCCUCCACAAGAUUCCCCAUAUGGGAGAUACAGAGUCGAGAUACCUGCUGAAAAACUCUUCAACCCAAACACCAACCUGUACUUUGGGGACUUCUACUGUAUGUACACAGCUUAUCACUAUGUUAUUGUGGUUAUUGCUCCAGUGGGCUCACCAGGAGAUGAGUUUUGCAAGCAGCGCCUUCCUCAGCUCAGCCUGAAUGACAACAAAUUUCUGACCUGCACUGAAGAGGACGGCAGUCUGGUAUUUCACCAUGCUCAAGACGUAAUCUUGGAAGUCAUUUACACUGACCCUGUAGAUCUUUCUUGGGGUUCAGUGGCAGAAAUAAUUGGCCACCAGCUCAUGAGCUUGUCUACUGCCGAUGCAAAAAAAGAUCCCAGCUGCAAGACCUGCAACAUCAGUGUUGGACGUUAA